AUCCAGUUCUCUGCACGGCCACAUUCAUUUUUCGGGGCAGGGCUUAAUCGCGUAAAACGAACCCACAAGAUUUUUCCUGUGUGCAUACGGAGACCGAGCAAGAGGAACACUUUGACGAUCUCAAGAUUCAAUUCCCAAACGCCAAAUCCUACAGCGUCGACAACUAACCACAGCAGCCAACAAUCCUUCACAAUGUCGGCCCCGACCAGCAAGAAGUUUGGCAAGUCGACCCGGGAGGUCCCUCACCACUCCCAGAAGGCCCAGAAGUGGUACCCUGCCGACGAUGAGUCCAAGCCCAAGACUGUCCGCAAGGCCAUUCGUGCUUGGGCUCCUCGCACUUCCCUCCAGCCCGGUACCGUCCUGAUCCUCCUCGCUGGUCGCUUCCGCGGCAAGCGUGUCGUCCUCCUCAAGACCCUUGACCAGGGCGUCCUCUUGGUCACUGGUCCUUUCAAGAUCAACGGUGUCCCCCUCCGAAGAGUCAACUCCCGCUACGUCAUUGCCACAUCCCAGCAGGUCGACAUCAGCGGUAUCGACUCCUCCAAGGUUGACGAGAUCUCCAAGGCCGAGUACUUCGUUGGCGACAAGGUCAAGGACAAGGCUGGUGAGGAGGCCUUCUUCAAGCAGGGAGAGAAGCCACAGAAGAAGGAGGUCAGCAGCAGCCGAGCUGCCGACCAGAAGAGCGUCGACAAGCCCCUCAUUGCCGCCAUCAAGAAGGUCGACUUCCUUCCCAGCUACCUUGCCUCUUCUUUCAGCCUGCGCAAGGGUGACAAGCCCCACGAGAUGAAGUGGUAGAGGACUUUCUCAAGAAUUCUGCAUGGAAAAAAACGGAAACUUGGGAGGGGAUGGUUUGUUACUUUUAAAGGGAAGACAUGACACGAAACUUUUCUAGAGGCCGCAGAUGAUAGGUGUCUGCGGAAACUGGGCUGGCUUUGCCAAUUGCAUCUGGACGUUGACGGUCAUCGGUCACAUUGAUUCUGGCGUCUGUAAUGAGGUUCUCAAGUCAACAAAAGAGCAUAUGACAAAUCCUCAUUGGUUUGGGCAAUCAAACAUUUGAAAUCCGUU